CAGGAAGUUUCCCCACCCCUACUGAACCAUUCAUGUUACAAACAAAAGCUAGGAUUUCUUCUGCCCAACCAGUUCCCUGCCACCCCUGCUUGGCACCAGAGGGAGAGCAUGUCCAGGGUCCUGCCUUCGCUGCCGCUGAGCCGAGAUCAAGACAUGGAAGCGGGACAGUGGUCCUGACACUUGGCCACGUUCUCAAUGAGCAUUUGGUUACCUAGCAACCGUCAACUCUCUGGAGAACUCUGAGAAGGGCUCUGCCAGCCUCCUGGUCAGUUCCCUCUCUCCCAGGCCUCUCUCGGGAGCCCAUCCAGGAUGCAGGGAGCUGCGGUCCCCAGAUCCCACCAGUCCCCCAGCAGGCUGGGCGCUGUGGGCCGACAGGGUGUCAUCCUGCUCACCUACCUGCUGGCCGCCGUGGAGCUCACCUGCCUCUUCAUGCAGUUCUCCAUCCUGCCGUAUCUGUCCCGAAGACUGGGCCUGGAUUCUGUCACCUUUGGCUACCUGCAGACCACCUUCGGGGUGCUUCAGCUGCUGGGUGGACCUCUAUUUGGCAGGUUUGCAGACCACAGCGGGGCGCGGGCAGCGCUCUCGCUGUCCUUCCUGGCGGCCUCUGCCUUCUACCUGCUCCUGGCAGCAGCCUGCAGCCCAGCCCUGCCCGGCAUCCUCCUGCUUUUCAUCUCCCGCCUGCCCUCAGCCCUCAUGCACUCGCUGCCAGCCGCCCAGAUGGUUAUCACUGAUCUGACUGCGCCCGAGGAACGGCCUGCGGCUCUGGGCCGGCUCGGCCUCUGCUUUGGCGUUGGUGUCAUCCUCGGCUCCCUGCUUGGCGGGACCCUGAGCACCUGGUGCGGGCUUCACUGUCCGGCCGUUGUAGCUUUCUUGGCCAACGUCCUGGGAACAAUCCUCAGCUUCACCUGCAUCCCUGCCAGCACCAAAGGGGCCAGUGGUGGUGCCCAGGCUGCCCAGCCAGGUGCACCCAAGCCCAGCAUGUUCGACCUGAAGGCCAUCACCCGCCUCCUGUUGCUGCCCAGCGUCCGGCCUGUGUUCUUUGUGAAGGUGGCCUCUGGCUUCCCCUCAGGACUCUUCAUGAUCAUGUUCUCCAUCAUCUCCAUGGAAUUCUUCCAGCUGGAGGCUGCCCAGGCCGGCUACCUCAUGUCCUUCUUUGGGAUCCUCCAGAUGGUGAUCCAAGGCCUGGUCAUCGGGCAGCUAAGCCGACACUUCUCAGAGGAGACACUGCUCCGCAUUAGUGUGCUCGUCUUCAUCGUGGUGGGGUUGGCCAUGGUGCUGAUGUCCAGCAUCCUGCACUUGUGCAUCCUGAUGCCCGGCCUGGUGUUCAGCCUCUGCGCACUCAAUGUGGUCACUGACAGCAUGCUGACCAAGGCUGUCUCAGCCGCGGACACAGGGACCAUGCUGGGCCUCUCUGCCUCUGUGCAGUCGCUGAUCCGCACUGUGGGACCCACUAUUGGUGGCUUUCUAUACCGAAGCUUCGGCGUCCCCAUCUUCGGCUAUGUGCAAUUCGCUGUCAACUUUCUCAUCUUCCUGUUCCUCUGGAGGAAGCCUGUGUCCCACAAGAAGGACAAAACUGUGUGACAUGGGCCCUGAGCACACACAGAUGGCCAAUAAAUUCCUUUGAGACCUCA